AUGGCGAGGCGCGCUUUAAGGCCCCGCCUUGCACGUCUGCUUCUGUGCCUUGCGAUGUCAUGGAUGACAACAGCAGUUGCUGAUACUUCACUUGAGGAACAGCUGGAUUCUCAGGCGACAGUCGACCCUAGAUUCCCCUACUGCUCCUGCUAUCGCCUUCCUGCCAAUCCAUCGCCAUACAACUUCGCCCCAACUGUGACUGUGAAAGGCAAAGGCCAGUACUGCUUCAAGAUUCUUGUCAAUAGCACAGGUUGCACUGGACGAUGCUGCAAUGUCGACUUGAACAAAAUUGAGUUUGAUGUCAACGCCAAGUGCCUGGCCAAGUCUGCGUCAGUCAAGGCAACCAUUAAUGGAAAGUUCACCCUCGUCGGCCCUAAUUACUACACCUACCAAUUGGACAACGGCACCUACAGAUACGUGCUCCGGCUCACCAGCCUGACUAUGGGUUUAUCGGACAACAACGCUGAGCUCUGCCUCAACCUCACGGCUGGUGUGAACGACGCCGGCUGCGGUACUCUGGAAGAGCUCUGUGUGCCGCCGUCAGUCAGCUCUCCUCCAGGGACAUGCCAAGUAGCCCUGUUGAAUAGCCUCAACAGCACCGACACAUGCUGCCCUAUCCGCUAUCAAUUCCUAGUCAAUGAAUUUACUACCAUAGUCUCCGCUCUCAACUUGACCAUGAGCACCGCCUUUGCUGUCGACCCCAGCAAGUGCCUGCCCACGACCAUCACGGUUUGCGGCACCUUUGAUGAAAAGCCCGUUAUAAUAGAUCAGCUGGCUGACAGCAUGAAGUAUGCGGUUGAUGCGGUUGUUAGAGAUCUAAUGAACGAAUUCUGCGCUCUGUCGAGCGGUAUGUCUGUCUUCCUGGACACCGAUGGAAACUGUUUCGACGUCUUGUCGUCGUCUCAGUCGACAAGACGUCUUUUUGACUUGUCGCCUCAGUCGACAAGACGUCUUUUUGACUUGUCGUCUCCGUGGUCGUGCAGUCGUCCGCCAACGCCUUUUCCGAUGUGCAAAUGCAAUCAGCGAGUGGGCAUCACUCCGUUCUACUCGCCGUCCAGCAUCAGUAUGGAACCCGGACGCCUGCCGAGUACGACACUGUACUGCUUCAUAAUAGACCAAGUCCCCAACAAGUUUCUCAAGACAGUGCCCUCCUGCGGCCCCACGGGCGUGUUGGAUAAGGUGGAGGUCUACGCGGAUGAGAAGCGGCGCCGCAACAUCACCGGCAUCAGGGUCACACCCAGCGGAGGUCCAACACGAUGGCUGUCGCCGUCGUGGGGGGCCAACGGAACAAACACACUCAAAGUUACUCCGCUAAGCUGGAACACGACCCGAGCUGUCGGCAGUUCCGUUUGCUUGGAGCUCACUGUACCGCUAUACACGUUCUGCCAGGGCACGAACGUUUGGCCACUGCCAGGAUGUGAAACGCAUACAUUGCAUAUCGUAAGCAUUGAUCAUGUAGAUUUGUUCGAAUUGUUCAAGAGUGAGGGCAUUACCAUUUGUAUUGCCUGA